CUGUUCCUUUUUUACUUUUAGUUCUUUGCUAAACCCUACAAAAACGCACAAAUAUACACCUUCAGUGCGUGCAUCAUACUCCCUCUAUAUAUACACACAACCAUCAAGAAUCCAACAGAGACACAAGUCCAGUUUUAGUCCCUUGGUCUCAUAAAAAUGGGAGUUUUUCUAAUGGUAAUUUUUGUGGGAUUUGUACUUGGUUUAAUCUUGAACCAUUUCUUGCCUUUGUUGUUCUUGAAAAAUAAAAAACUUGGUGCUCUUCCUAGAGGGUCUUUUGGAUACCUGCCUCUUCUUGGGGAAACCCUAGCCUUUCUCAACCCUCAUCCUUCCACUAACAUUGGCUCUUUUCUUCAAGAACAUUGUUCUAGGUAUGGCAAAGUGUUUAAAUCCCAUUUAUUCUUCUCACCCACAAUAGUAUCAUGUGAUCAAGAACUCAACUAUUUCAUACUACAAAAUGAAGACAAGUUAUUUGAAUGUAGCUAUCCAAAGCCCAUCCAUGGUGUUCUUGGGAAGAUAUCUAUGCUAGUGGUUGUGGGUGAUACCCACAAGAGGCUUAGAAAUGUGGCCCUUUCUCUUGUUUCCACCAUCAAAUCUAAACAUGAGUUUCUUACCUACAUUGAGAAAACCACCCUACAGAUUUUGGAUUCUUGGAAAGACAAGAAACAAGUCAUCUUCUGUCAAGAAGCUAGAAAGUUUACUUUCAAUGUAAUAGUAAAGCAAGUUCUUGGGUUGACACCAGAAGAGCCACAAACUGUGAGAAUCCUCGAAGAUUUUCUCACCUUUAUGAGAGGUUUAAUUUCUUUUCCGCUCUACAUCCCAGGAACUCCUUAUGCAAAUGCAGUUAAGGCUAGAAUCAGAAUAUCAUCAAGUGUCAAGCAAAUUAUAAAGGAAAGAAGAAGAAAUAAUAUUAUUUUCAAUAAUAAUUAUAAUAUUUGCGAGAAUAAGAAUAUCAAUCCUCAAAAAAAGGAGAGUGAUUUCUUGGAGAUACUCCUAGGUGUUGAUACCUUAUCUGAAGAUGAAAAAGUUAGCUUUGUUCUUGAUGCUCUAUUGGGUGGCUAUGAAACAACUUCUAUCUUAAUGGCCAUGGUGGUGCAUUUUCUUGCCAAAUCCCCAACUGCAUUUGAACAAUUGAAGGUAGAGCAUGCAAGCAUAAGAAGCAAAAAGAACAAAGACGAGUCUUUGAACUGGGAAGACUACAAAAUGAUGGCAUUUACACAAAAUGUCAUCAAUGAGGCACUUAGAUAUGGGAACAUUGUCAAGUUUGUGCAUAGAAAGGCUCUGAAAGAUAUCAAAUUUAAAGAUUAUUUGAUACCAGCAGGUUGGAAGGUCCUACCAAUUCUAAGUACAGUUCAUUUGGACCCAUCUAUCCAUUCAAGUCCCCUGGAAUUUCAUCCUUGGAGAUGGGAGACACAGAGGCAAGAUCAAACAAGCAAGAAAUUUACACCAUUUGGUGGGGGAUCCAGAUGUUGUCCUGGGUCGGAACUAGCUCGGGUAGAGGUUGCAUUUUUCCUUCACCAUCUUGUACAAAAUUUCAGAUGGAGUGUAGAAGGUGAUGACCAACCAAUUGCAUAUCCAUAUGUAGAGUUUGAAAGAGGUCUAGUAUUAAAUGUGGAACAUUUUGCCCUUUGAAUUAUCAACGUUACCAUAUAUUCUGGAAAUUAUCCAUUUCUUGAGAGAGAAUAAUAAUCCACCAAGAAUACCUUUUUAUAUGCUUUGAAUAGCAUCUGCACUGUAGCAUUUUGUUCUCUUCUUUUUCUUGUAUAUUAAAGACUAUUCAUAAUAAAUAAACCGUGCAAAUAUGAGAAAAUCAUUAUCUUAUAUUGUAUUUUCAGAGAA